AUGCAGGCAAGUGAUUUUGAGAUCAGUGGAGGAAAGAUGGUGCUCGUCGAAAACUUCACUGAUUUAAAUGGAAAAUUAGGGUUCUACAUGGGGAAGAUUCUUAGGGAAGCAAUAACUGCACGAAAUAUUGCUAAAAUUGCUCUUUCUGGUGGUUCGAUGCCUGCCCUAAUAGCACCGCUGCUGGCGAGAUUGGAGGAUAUCGAUUGGUCAAAAGUUCGGAUAUUUGCUGCAGACGAACGAAUGGUUCCACUAAGUGAUGCCGAGUCGAAUACAGGAACUUACAUGAAAAUUCUGCCAUCUAAUAUCAGCCAAUCAUUUGUGUAUUAUGGACCUGUCGACAACACAACAGAGUGUGCGAAAAACUAUGAAGAACAGAUACAUCAUUGUACAACAGAGACGGAAGAAGGCUGGCCUGUGUUCGAUUUGCUGUUAUUAGGUAUUGGACCAGAUGGUCAUACAUGCUCCUUGUUUCCUGGACAUCCAGCACUAAGGGAAAAUGUCAAAUGGGUUGCAGAAGUCGAGGAUUCCCCAAAACCACCACCAAGACGUAUAACUUUAACACUACCGGUUAUUAAUCAUGGCCGAUAUGUGGCAUUUAUUUGUACUGGUAGAAGAAAAGGUGAAUUAAUACGGGAAAUAGUUAGUGGUCAAAAUUCUAAUUUUCCAGCAGCAAUGGUGAAGCCGAAGUCAGGUAACAUAUCUUGGUUCAUGGAUAAGGAAGCAUUUUCUGCUUGUGGUGGUUCUGCCAGUUGUCUGUGA